ACACAACAAACUAGAUGGAAUGGUCCCUAUCCUUCUUAUCACCACCAGAUUUGCCAAUAAAAUAAAACAGAACAAAAAAACAAAUACAACAUUUAUUUUUGCCAACUUGUAAAAAUGCAUUAAAUGGAGUAUUUUAAAUGGAGUUUAUUGACAAUAGACAAAAACAACAAAAACAUAAAAUCUAAAUUUUUCUCCUUUUUUUUCAUGAUUAUUGUAUGUGUUAUUGUCUAAACAUUCUCUCUAUCGACUUCUGGAGAAGCAGAGAAUGUGGAACAUGAGUGCAUAGCAAAAGCUCUUCAGCUCUUGUCUAUAGGCCUCUGUGGUGUGUUGCUUGCUCAGGAGUUUCCACAAUAGGAAUCACAUACUGUUUGGUCCUGGAUAGGUAUAAAUGCAAGGGUUAACCCAGGCAGGAUGUCAGUUCAUUAGCUGGAAACAAAGCAAGUGAUCAUGGGCAAGGUUAUCUUCUAUGAGGACAGGAACUUCAUGGGGCGCUCCUGGGAGUGCACCGGUGAUUGUGCCGAUAUGCACUCUUACAUGAGUCGCUGUCACUCCUGCAGGGUGGAGAGCGGAUGCUGGAUGGUCUACGACCGCAACAACUACAUGGGAAAUCAGUAUUUCAUGAGGAGGGGCGAGUACGCUGACUACAUGAGCAUGUGGGGCUGGGGCAACAACUGCAUCAGGUCCUGCCGCAUGAUCCCCAUGUACAGAGGAUCCUACAGAAUGAGGCUCUAUGAGAGGGACAACUUCAUGGGUCAGAUGAUGGAGGCGACGGAUGACUGUGAUUCCUUCAUGGAUCGCUACCACUGGUCCAGCGGCUGCAUGUCCUGUCACGUGAUGGACGGCCACUGGCUCAUGUAUGAGAAUCCCCACUACAGAGGCAAGAUGUGGUACUUCAGGCCCGGAGAGUACAGGAACUUCAGGGACUACGGUGGCAUGAGGUUCAUGAGCAUGAGGCGCAUCAUGGACUCCUGGUAUUAGAAAAUAAUAAAUUUAUUAAUGCAGCAACCAACAAAUUUUAAUUAAUCAAUAAAAAACCUAAUUCUUACCAAAUCAACGAUUUUAUUGUUUUAUUUUCUCUUACAUAAAUAAAUAAA